AUGCAUUUAGAGAAAGAGAGGAAUGAAUUGCUUGAAAAAAUUAAGGAAUUAGAAGCAAGAGUAGAAGAAAAAGAUAACAUAAUAGAGAAUUUAGAAGAAAGAGUAGACAUGGAAGUUGAAAUGAACUUGAAAGCACUAGACAAGUCCAAAGAAUAUCAUGAUAGAAAUCUUUUCUUAUUGGGAAUGUCAAAGGACACUAUUAUAACCAAUUUGAAAUUAAAAAUUCAAGAGUUAGAGAAGAACCAAAAAGUAGACAGAGUAAAACAAUUACGAAAAUUAGAAAACAAAGCCAAAACAAAAGUUAAGGAAAGAACCUAA